ACUAUGUCGGAAACGGCGCCUGUUGCAGCUCCUGCUGUCUCCGCUCCUGGGGCAAAAACCUCUACUAAAAAACCGAAGAAGGCAGCAGCUAGUGCUAAAGCCCGCAAGCCUCCAGGUCCCAGCGUGACCGAGCUGAUCACCAAGGCGGUGUCCGCUUCCAAGGAGCGCAAAGGGGUCUCGCUGGCAGCUGUUAAGAAGGCUCUGGCCGCCGGAGGGUACGAUGUGGAGAAAAGCAACAGCCGCAUCAAAGUAGGACUCAAGAGCCUAGUGAGCAAAGGUACGUUGGUGCAGACCAAAGGCACCGGCGCUUCGGGCUCUUUUAAACUCAGCAAGAAACCGGCUGAGACCAAGGAAAAGGCGCCGAAGAAAAAGCCAGCGGCAAAGCCUAAGAAACCAGCUGUUAAAGUUAGUAUUUUCAAAGAGCCCACCAAUUCGCUGGCCUCCUAUCGGUCCAUAACGGCCGAGCUCUGGAAGCACAGAUAG